AUGCUUGGCCCUCAGACGGCGAAGGUGACCGCGAGAAGCCACCAAAACGGCGAAGCCGAACGUCAGGGAUGUAAGGCGCCCAAGCAUUUACGGCCGACCUCGACCGCCGCUCGAAACCCUCCCCGCCUCCCACCUCCCCAACUCCCCAACUCCCCACAUCGCGAUCGAUCACUUUUCGUUGAGUGUGAUCGUCCGACAAACUCGAGACGGGAUCUCAAUCCGAAUUGCCGAGAAGGAUGCGGUCGAUGGCGACUCGUGUGGAUCGGCGCUUCGCCCGCCGAAGACCUCAUGCCGAUGUGGGGACCGCCCACGCCGCCCUCCGGCGACGGCGACGUGUACUGCGACUCGUGGGCUCGCGCGCUCUACCGCCGCGGCGCCGCCUCCGAGGCGCUGCUGCCGCCCGUCCGCUGGCGGGACCCGCGCGCCGCCCGCUCGCCUCGACGCCAGCGCCCCGCCCCGCGCGCGCCCCUCGCGCCCCCGUCGCUCUUCGGCCUGCGCCCGCGCGCCCGCCCGAGGGCCCCGCCUCCGGCCGCGCGCGACCCCGCCGUGCCGCCGCCCGAGUGGAGUCCGUGCGAGGACGCCGCUCUGCGCCGCGCCCUCCGCUCGCAGCGUUUGCCCGCCGAGCCGCCGGCCGCGCUCGCGCCCAACUGGGAGUGGCUGGCCGAUCUGGUCAACGAGGUGUCGCGCGCGUACCGCUCGCCGCGCGCCUGCCGCGACCGCCACGACGCGCUCGCCGACCCGGAGAGAGCGCGCCGCAAGCACCGCAAGCCGCCCCAGGCUCGCCGUCGCCCCGACGAGGAGACGCCGCGGCCGCCCCUCUCGCGCCUCGAGGCCAUGCGCGAAGCGGCCGAGCGGCGCCGCGCGGCCCCCAAGCGGCGACACGACGACGCCGCGCCGCGUAACCCCAAACACGCGGCGCUGCUCGCCGACCAGGGGCUCGACUACGACGCGCCGCCGACGCCGAUGGAGGUGGCGACGCGACGCGCCGAGCGAAUGGCCAAAGAGAAGCUGAAGGGCGGCCCGGCUCCGACCGGCGCGGGGCCGGCCGGCGCCCCGCAGCGCGUCGUGGUGGCGGCCGGCGGCGUUCAGGCGGGCAAGGCCGAGCGCAGGGACGCCGCGGGGCCGCGGGGCGCUCACCUCGUUUAUCGCCAGCCCUCGCCCGCCGCCCGCCACCAUCUCAAGAUACUCCACCACGCUCCGCCCCACUCGCAGAGCAUAGUGACGAGCGGAAGCGGCACGAGCGUGGUGGCGAGCGUGGAGGGCGUGAGCGUCGGCGGCGGUGGGGCGGCGGCUCUGCGCACGCUGCAGUUGCAGCAGCUGGCCCUGCGUCGCGCCGCCCGUCCCCACCAGCACGUGGUGCUCGCCCAUCUGGCGCCCGCCCAGGCCGUCGCAACCCAGCCGCAGCCCGCCGUCCAACAGACCGUCGCCGCCUCGCAGCCCACGACGGCUCCGCCGCAACAGUCGGCGUCGGACUUGCGACACUGA